UUGACGAGCCCAGCCCAGGCAACUGACCCAAUUGCACAGCCAUCACCUCCUACAGCGCUGCCUGCGAGUGAAUGCUCACAUGACAGACAGUACGACGACGUCAAUACGAUGAGACGACACCAACCGCCGUGACUGUGACCCUGCCAUGUACUGGCCGAUUGGCGCGCCGAACGUCUACUCGCUGUCCAGACACCCCCUCUCCCUCCACGACUCAGCCAUUGUGCACUCGGACGAUGGACUCCACGACAGUACUAGUAGCGCCUCUGCCUCGACACCCAGCGAUGCUUCCCACGAACAGACUCAGUCCGAGCCCGCGCCGAACGGCCGUGCAAAGAGCCCAGACGAGCCCGCGGCACCCGAGGGCCCAUCGGCCUUGGACAGCGAAAUCGUCGACGCGACCAUCUCUCGGGGCGGCAGCGUGUUCAUGACCUUGACGAGGUCCUCGCUGAUGGUAUGGCAGACCAAACCGAUUCUGGCUCUGGCGGGAGUGCAGCGCUCACCGCAGUCCAUGAAGUCCUAUGGUUACAACACGGCCCUGCUGCUAAGGCCUGAUGCGCUGCUCGUGGUCGUGCAGACUACAUUGGGAUAUAUGAUCAUGUACUCGAUUACCAUGGACGCCAAUACGCGCGUCUAUCAGGUGGCGCUGCCAGAAGCGAGCAGACACCACCGCAAGCAGAGUACCGAUGGAUACAGUCAUUUGCGCAAGCCGAGCACUGUGAAUGCAGCGGCAACCUCUGGAGAAGGGGAGGGCAUCCGUGAGGUCAGCAUACGCUUUCGCAUGGUGAUCAGGAUCGAUGCAGGAAUCAGUAGAGCAUUGGCGCUAGACGACGAGCUCGUAGUAGCUACGCAGAAGCCAGCUGCCCUGCAGUGCAUCAAAUGGGUAGCUCAGAGCGGAGUGUCGCAAACCAGUACUCAGCUCGUCGCCCGCAUGCCAUGGCUCGGUAGGAAAACAGCUGUGAUUGAGAUCAUUUACGAUCGGCCAAUGAAUCUCACGUGCUGGAUCACAAAUGAUGGACAUGCUUAUGCCGUACAACGAAGACACUCGAGCAGCAUCGACCCAGAAAGUCCCGAGUGUCUAUUCCAGGGCUUUUGCUUCCGGGAACCAGAGGCGAAAGAUGGGCAUGCGGUCAAAGUUGCCAUCAACGCUAGGUUCUCGCUCAUAGCCGUUGGCUGCGCAAGUGGGCACAUUGACGUUUACCUGGUCAAAGAUUAUACUGGUAACAUACCACUAUCGCACAAGAUUCAGUUGCCAGUGGGCUCAGCUACAACAGGCAAGCUGACAACGCUGACAUACUCGCCCGACGGAUACUGCCUCUUUGCUGGAUACGAGCGUGGUUGGGCGACUUGGACUGUGUACGGCAAACCAUGUGCCAACACAUUCAGCAUAGAUCGAGCGCAAUCUGAAGCCAACGACGAGCGUUGGCUUCAUGGUGUGAGAACGGCUUUCUGGAUAGGCGGAGGCUGCGAAUUGGCGUUGUUUCCCUUUGCGGAUAACCGGCUGUACGUACUCGACAUCGCUCGUAAUGCUGCGACUGGUUGCCUCACGCCGGCCAACGUUUCACGGGGCUUGUUGUAUUCGACCGACAGUAUCAUGAUCUACAAGGGACAUGAUGUUCCGGACGUGACCUCCUUGCCGUCCGACAUAUCUCUCUGGCAAACGGUGCAGGUUCCCUCGCAGUACCUCAUCCAACAGUGGCCCAUCAAAUCAGCGGCAAUCUCGUCCGAUGGCAAAUACGUUGCUGUGGCAGGGCGACGAGGACUUGCGCAUUUCAGUGUCGCGAGUGGGCGCUGGCGUACCUUUGACGACCCCCAAGCCGAGCAAGAGUUCACAGUCCGGGGCGGAAUGUGCUGGCAUUAUCACAUAUUGAUAGUCGCCGUGGAAGCCAGCAAUCGGUCUGAGGUACGACUCUACUCGCGCGAGAAGGCCCUGGAUUACUCGCACAUCCAACACAUAGAAAAGCUUUCGGCGGCUGCCAUAUCGACCACGGUUUCUGGAGCCGAUUCCCUGCUAGUGUAUACUUACGAUAACGUCCUGCUCCACUAUAUCAUUGUCAUGGGUGGCAGCACGCCCAAACUGGUGCAGGUGGGUCAGAUUGGAUUCCAUGGCAUCAUCAGAGCGCCACCACGGGUGCGCACGAUUAGUUGGGUUCUUCCUGAAGAGCAACUCGAGCACGGCGACCCUUCCCAAGACGUCGCUGCUGCAUCGGUGAUUUUUCUUGUGGACGGAAAGCUGGUGCUGCUCCAGCCUUCGACGAACGAACACGGCGAGCUCAAAUAUGACAUGCGUGUCAUUGCUCAGAACGUGGAGUAUUUCAUUCUGCUUCGUGAUCUGCCAUCGGCGGUGACAUCUUUGAAAGGUGACGGAACCGAUGCUUCGACGCCUCCUCUCAACGGCUUAUCACUCGAUCAUCCUCUGGGACAUAGUCUCCGCGAUUCGCUGUGGUACUUUGAUGGCGCAGGUUUCCACGUGUGGUCAGACAUUCAGGAUGUCAUGGCACGAGCGCCCGCGGAGCUCGGUCGCGACCUGCCUCCUGCCGUUGCCGUGCAACUUGACUUCUCGCCCCUGUCCGCGGUCGUUGGCAAGGGCAUCGUGUCUGGCAUCGAGGCCGACAUCGUUCAGCGUCGAGAUGUCAACUUCAGCUUUUUCCGACACGCGCCACGAACGCAACUAUUCCUUCCCCAGCUGCUUCGUUACCACUUGACCGAGUUCAACUCGCCCGCAGCUCUCCACCUGUCGAGCUCAUAUCAACAUCUGCCAUACUUCUCCCAUGCGCUGGAAGUACUCUUGCACGAUGUGCUCGAUGCAGAAGUGGACGAUCCGCCCUCGCCUCCUGAGACAGCGCUGCUGCCGACGGUGCUGUCGUUUUUGUCAUCAUUUGACUCGUAUUUAGACGUCGUGUGCAAUUGCACGCGCAAGACCGAGCUGCGCAGUUGGAAGACGCUCUUCUCGUACCUCCCGCCGGUCAUGGAAUUGUUCGAACAAUCUCUCGCCCAAGGCAAGCUCAACACUGCGGCGGGCUAUCUGCUCGUGCUGCACGCAUUCGAGGAGGAUUCCUUCCAGGUUCAUGAAUUUGCACAGCUGUUGCAGCGAGCUGCAGACGCCAAUGACUGGGAACUGUGUCGAGAACUCGCACGGUUCUUGGUGGGGAUCGAUAUCUCUGGUGAAACAUUGAGUGCCGCCCUGAUGGAAGCAGGCCUCGGAGAUGCCUCGUCCAAUGAUCAAAAGAAUCAUACUAAUGGGACGUCGCGAGGUAUUGGGUUCUUUCGAGGACCAGCAGACUACUUCUCAAUGGGCUGAAGGUACAUGUAGAUAGGUCCUGUUAUAUUCACC